GGCGUCGCUCGUCGCGCCAUGACGCUUCGAUUGCGACCCGCGGCGGCGUUGAUCGACGCCUUCAAGCGCGGUUCGCGCGAGUGCGUCGACGCCGCGACGCCGCAAACGACGAAAAACGACGCCGCAUCGAACGAUCGCGCGCCGCCCGACGCGAACGCGAACGUGCGUCGAUACACGAAGAGCGAACUCGUGCGCGUGAACGACGCGAGCGGCGAGCACACGAAAGAGUUACCCGUGGAGCUGUCGACGUCGACGCUCGAGUGCGUGACGAACGCGAUCAACGAAGAGAUCGCGGCGCGAGAGGGAAGCGUCUGGGGAAGACACCACGCCAAGAAGGACAAGGCGGACAAGGAAAAGGACGCGAAGACGGGCGAUAAAGACGCGGUCGGUAGAGACGGUGAAGAGGGCGGUGAAAACGCGACGAGCGACGGCGCGGCGACCGAAUCGAAGACGGCGACCGAUGUCGCGGACGCGACGCACAAGAAGCCGACGGCGGCGGCUGGGCCCAUGGAUGCGGAAAAAUCAAAGCGACAUUUGAAGAGCGCGUUCAACAAACUCUCUCCCUCGGUCGCGGUGGAUAAGUUUGUGGAGCAAAUCACGGAGUGCGCGCUGCACGAACUCGCCGUGGCGGAGUUUUUGGCGAAGACGACCUGCGAGCGGGCGUCCGUGGAUGAGAAAAACGUCGCCGUCAUCGCCGACGCCGCGGCGCGUUUGAUUUCGUCGGGCGCGACGCCGAGCGCGUACAUCACGCAGAACGGUGCGAGCUCGACGACGUUCAAAAAGCUUCUCGUUGGCGCUUUGCAGGAUGAGUUUGAAGGCGCGCAAGAAGCGCGCGAGGGCUUGCUCGCGCACGCCGAGCGCCACGAGCGAGACGCGCAGGCGAAGAAAGUCAAGCAGCGCUUGGUCGGCGUCGCGCGCUUGAUCGGCGAGCUCUAUGCUCGCGGUGUGGUCUCCGUCGCCGUGGUGCGCGCGAUUACCGAUGAACUUUUGGGCGAAGCGCGAUCCGUGCCGCGCGAAGACGACGUCGAAGCGCUGUGCGCGCUGCUCGCCGUCGCCGGCGCCAAGGUGGACGCCGAGGCGAAAAAGGCGAUGGACGCCUACAUGGCGCGCGUCAACGUACUCGCGGAGAGCGAACACCUCAACGCGCGCACGCGAUUCGCGUGCCGCGACGUCAUCGAACUUCGCGGCGCGGGAUGGGCGAGUUCGGGGGCGAGCGCGGACUCUAAGAGUUCGCAAGCCGACCUCGCGAGCGAAUCGCGCGUGGUUUCCGACGAACUUCUCUUCCCCGAAGGCCCGAAAUCGCGCUCGAGCGGAGGUGGCGGCGCCCUCAAAGGCCCGUACUCGAAGCCAGGCGCGUUGAACGCGACGAUGUUGCCCACAGCGGCGAACCGCGCGCGACUCGAGGCGGAGAUGCGCCGCGGGGCGCGCGAACGCGCCGAAGCCAAGGCGGACGCCGCCAUGGCGGCCGCGUCGGGCGACGCCGGCGCGUCUACGUCGAGCUACACCGCCGAACAAGUGCAGCAAAAGAUUGCGUCGCUCAUCGACGAGUACUCCACCGUCGGCGACGUCAACGAGGCGUUGAUGUGCGUCGCCGACGUCGUCGCUCGCUCGAGCGACGCCGACGCGGCGCGAGACGCCGUCGCGAAAGCGUUGGUGAAUUUCGUCAUCGACACGUCCACGCCGAAAGCCGCGAGCGCCGUCGGCAAACUUCUCGCCGCGCUUCAUAACCGCGGCGGUUUCGCCACCGCCGUCGUCGAACAAGCCGUCGGUGACGUCGUCGCCGCGCUCGACGACGUCGCCAUCGACGUGCCGAUGGCGCCCAAACUCAUGGCCGCCGUCGUCGCCGCCGUCGUCGCCUCGGGCGCGGUCGCCCUCGACUUCAUCACCGCCGCCGGUUCGGGCGUCGAGGACGUGCAAUUUCGUCGCGCGUUCGCCGGCGCGUGUUUGAACGCGCUGCGAGUCGAGCAUAAAUUCGCCGGCCUCGUCAAGGGCGCGCUCAAUUUAGGCGACUUCGCCAAGAGCGAAGACGUCGGCGACGACACCGUCGUCGAGUGGCUCGCCAAGCUCAGCCUGGACGACCUCGCGUGA